AUGACUAACCAGGAGAAGUGGAUCACCCUGAGCCCUGCAGAAUUCUCCCAGCUACAGAAGUACGCCCAGUACUCCACAAAGAAACUUAAAGAUGUUCUAGAAGAAUUCCAUGGUGCUGGUACACUCGUGAAGUAUAAUCCAGAGCAGAAGCAGGAUGUUCUUAGUCAACCGAUAGACUUUGAUGGCUUCAAGCUGUUUAUGAAAACAUUCCUGGAGGCUGAGUUGCCUGAUGAUUUCUGUCAGCAUCUGUUCAUGUCAUUCAAGAACAAGUCCUCCCUUCCAAGCCCUUCUUCACAGAAGAGUGAAAGUAGCAGGGUGUGUGAGCUACAGAUGAUCAAAGGAAUUCCAUCCCCUUCUGUAACAUCAUCCCUUGCCAGCAACGAUGAGUCCGAUGUGGUUCAGUUGAAGGAUAUCGUUUGCUACCUGUCAUUACUAGAAGGAGGACGACCUGAGGACAAGCUAGAGUUUAUGUUCCGUCUUUAUGACACUGAUGGAAAUGGAUCGCUAGAUAGCUCGGAACUUGACCAGAUCAUCAGUCAGAUGAUGCAUGUUGCAGAAUAUCUUGAAUGGGAUGUGACGGAACUCAAACCAAUUCUGCAGGAGAUGAUGGAUGAGAUCGAUUAUGACCAUGAUGGCACAGUGUCCUUGGAAGAAUGGAUUCAGGGAGGAAUGACCACAAUCCCACUUCUCGUUCUCUUGGGUCUGGAAACGAAUGUGAAGGAUGAUGGGCAACACGUGUGGAGACUGAAGCACUUUAACAAACCUGCUUACUGCAAUCUUUGUUUGAACAUGCUGAUUGGUUUUGGCAAGCAAGGCCUCUGCUGUUCCUUUUGCAAGUAUACAGUUCAUGAGCGUUGUGUGGCCAGAGCCCCACUAUCCUGCAUUAACACCUAUGUCAAGUCAAAAAAGAAUGCUACUGUAAUGCAUCACUUUUGGGUGGAGGGAAACUGCCCAAAAAAAUGUGACAAGUGCCAUAAAGCCAUCAAAUGUUAUCAAGGACUUACAGGUCUUCACUGUGUAUGGUGUCAGAUCACUCUCCACAACAAGUGUGCUUCACACGUGAAACCUGAAUGUGAUUGCGGACCACUGAAAGAUCAUAUCUUACCACCAUCUUCGAUUUGUCCCAUUGUACUGGAAAGGCAAUCUACUGUGAAGAAAAGAGAUGAUAGUUCCCUACAAAUGAAAAAAUCAGAGGAGCGCACCAAAAUUCAACGAGCUAACUCAGUCACUGUGGAUGGACAGGGGCUGCAGAUCACACCGAUUCCAGGCACGCAUCCACUUCUAGUGUUUGUGAACCCGAAAAGUGGUGGAAAGCAGGGAGAAAGAAUCUUCAGAAAAUUCCAGUUUCUUCUGAAUCCACGCCAGGUUUACAACCUUGCCAGUAGUGGACCAAUGCCAGGGUUAAACUUUUUCCGAGAUGUUCCAGACUUUAGAAUCUUGGCUUGCGGUGGAGAUGGAACAGUUGGAUGGAUCCUAGAUUGCAUAGACAAAGCAAAUUUGCCUCAACAUCCUCCAGUGGCAGUUCUUCCACUUGGAACUGGCAAUGAUUUGGCAAGGUGUCUUAGGUCAGGCGGAGGUUACGAAGGGGAAAGUCUGAUGAAGAUAAUUAAAGAUAUUGAGAACUGCUCAGUGGUCAUGCUGGAUAGAUGGAAAAUUGAGGUGAUACCACAUGACAAAGAGGAGAAAGGAGACCCUGUACCUUAUACUAUUAUCAACAACUACUUUUCUAUAGGAGUGGAUGCAUCAAUAGCCCAUAGAUUCCAUAUUAUGCGAGAAAAACAUCCCGAAAAGUUCAACAGUAGGAUGAAGAACAAAUUCUGGUAUUUUGAAUUUGGGACAUCUGAAACAUUCUCUGCCACUUGUAAAAGACUACACGAAUAUGUAGAGAUAGAGUGCAAUGGAAUCCUGCUGGAUUUGAGCAAUAUGCCAUUGGAGGGGAUAGCUGUUUUGAAUAUACCAAGCAUACAUGGUGGAUCAAAUCUUUGGGGAGAGAGCAAAAAAAGACGAAGCUAUCAUCGAGGCAGUAAAAAAGUUCCAGAAAAACGGGCAACGGUUAUAGAUGCCAAAGAGCUGAAAUUCUGUGUUCAAGAUGUAAGUGAUCAGCUAUUUGAAGUGAUUGGUCUGGAAGGGGCCAUGGAGAUGGGACAGAUCUACACUGGACUGAAAAGUGCAGGGAAGCGACUAGCUCAGUGCUCCCUGGUAACAAUCAGAACCAGUAAGUUCCUGCCAAUGCAGAUUGACGGAGAACCUUGGAUGCAGACACCUUGUACAAUUACAAUAAGUCACAAGAACCAGGCUCCAAUGUUGAAGGCUCCACCUCCCAAGACUGGCUUUGUAUCUUCAGUCAUCAAGCGAACCAGGAACUAA